GCAGGUGACAACGUUCGAGCGAGAGAAGCCGGAACACAUAUUUUUCUAGGGCAAAUAGAAGAACGCUAUUUCUUAAACCCUGAAUUCCAAAACCCUUGACACCACAACACCACAGAGGUAGAGAGAGAAAGACGACCACUGCGAUGGCAGCUACUGUCAUGCUCAGAGCCAUCAGAAAUCGCUCCAUCCCCGCUUCCUCUUCUCCCCUCUCCUCCAUUUACAAGCUCGUUGGUAGCAAUGCAGUGCCGCCAUACACAAGAUCUCCUUGGUGCAACAGAUGGGCAAGUUUGGCAAGACCAUUCAGCUCAAAACCUGCUGGGAAUGAUGUCAUUGGAAUUGACUUGGGUACAACAAAUUCAUGUGUGGCUGUCAUGGAGGGAAAGAAUCCAAAAGUGGUUGAAAACUCUGAAGGAGCUCGAACAACUCCAUCAGUGGUCGCCUUUAACCCGAAGGGAGAGCUUCUCGUUGGAACCCCAGCCAAGCGCCAGGCUGUAACAAACCCUACAAACACUAUUUUUGGGACUAAGCGCCUAAUUGGGAGAAAAUUCGAUGAUCCUCAGACUCAGAAGGAGAUGAAGAUGGUUCCUUACAAGAUUGUCAGGGCCCCAAAUGGUGAUGCUUGGGUUGAGGCCAAUGGUCAACAAUAUUCUCCAAGCCAAAUUGGGGCCUUUGUUUUGACAAAAAUGAAGGAAACAGCUGAAUCGUACCUUGGGAAAUCUGUGACCAAAGCUGUGAUCACAGUCCCAGCCUAUUUUAAUGAUGCGCAGAGGCAGGCAACAAAGGAUGCAGGAAGAAUUGCUGGUCUUGAUGUUCAGAGGAUUAUCAAUGAGCCCACAGCUGCUGCUCUGUCCUAUGGGAUGAACAACAAGGAGGGUCUCAUAGCAGUCUUUGAUCUUGGAGGGGGUACUUUUGAUGUUUCUAUCUUGGAGAUCUCCAAUGGGGUCUUUGAGGUUAAAGCAACUAAUGGAGACACAUUCUUGGGUGGUGAGGACUUUGACAACACCCUCUUGGACUUCCUUGUGAGCGAGUUCAAGAGGACUGAGGGCAUUGACCUCUCAAAGGAUCGUCUUGCCCUCCAAAGGCUCCGUGAAGCUGCUGAGAAGGCCAAGAUUGAGCUCUCCUCCACGACCCAAACUGAGAUCAACCUCCCUUUCAUCACCGCCGAUGCCUCUGGUGCUAAACACCUCAACAUCACACUUACUCGCUCCAAGUACGAGAGCCUCGUCAACCACCUUAUUGAGCGAACUCGAACCCCCUGCAAAAGCUGCUUAAAAGAUGCUGGGAUCUCCACUAAAGAAGUUGAUGAAGUACUUUUGGUUGGAGGCAUGACUCGAGUGCCGAAAGUCCAAGAAGUGGUGGCUGAAAUUUUUGGGAAGAGCCCUAGCAAGGGAGUGAACCCGGAUGAGGCAGUAGCAAUGGGUGCUGCCAUUCAAGGUGGCAUCCUUCGUGGAGAUGUGAAGGAGCUUCUUUUGCUAGAUGUGACUCCUCUCUCUCUAGGAAUUGAAACCCUAGGUGGCAUAUUCACUCGUCUUAUCAACAGAAAUACUACAAUCCCAACCAAGAAGAGCCAAGUCUUCUCUACAGCUGCCGAUAACCAAAUCCAAGUUGGGGUUCGUGUUCUUCAAGGAGAGAGAGAGAUGGCAGCUGACAAUAAGCUUUUAGGAGAGUUCGAGCUUGUGGGCAUCCCCCCUGCCCCUCGAGGAAUGCCUCAAAUUGAGGUCACCUUUGAUAUUGAUGCCAAUGGUAUAGUGACUGUUUCGGCAAAGGAUAAGGCCACUGGUAAAGAGCAACAGAUAACCAUCCGUUCAUCUGGUGGGCUCUCAGAAGAUGAGAUACAGAAAAUGGUUAAAGAAGCUGAGCUCCAUGCACAAAGGGACCAGGAGAGAAAGAAUUUUAUUGAUAUAAGGAACAGUGCAGAUACAACCAUAUAUAGCAUCGAGAAGAGUAUUUCAGAGUACAGAGACAAGGUGCCAGCCGAAGUGAUUUCGGAGAUAGAGAGUGCAUUGUCUGACUUGAGGAAUGCUAUGGGAGGAGAGAAUGCUGAAGAGAUCAAGGCCAAGCUCGAUGCAGCGAACAAGGCCGUUUCAAAGAUUGGGGAACACAUGAGCAAAGGAGGUGGCUCCGCUGGUGGUGCCGGGGGCUCACAGGGCGGUGGGGACCAGGCAUCUGAGGCUGAGUACGAGGAGGUUAAGAAGUGAGUUUCAAGGCUCCUUUAAAAGAGGUUAGUUCUUGAAACAUGGUGAUGGUGGUACUUUCGCUAUACUUUUUGUGUAAGGCAUGAUAUUGAAUUUAGGUUCGAAAUGCAGUUUUGUAUCAAUCUCUCUUUGUUUAGGUAGGAGGAAUUCAAGUUCAGUGAAUCCCUGACAUUCUCUCCAGAUGGUAGGAACCGUAGUUCAGUGAAUUAUGUGGAUUAUAUGGGAGAACCUUGAUAAAUUAUGGGAUGUGAUUUGCAUGUUUAGUUUCUGAUUCUGUGUAUCCUAUGGUAUACAAAUUACGGAGGCUACAUUACUUCGGAAUAAGAGUUGAGCGGCGAUCGUGCAUAGUUGAGGUU